AUGCCCGACAUCAACCCGGCGGACCUCAGCCGCCCGUCCAUCGGCCUCUCGACCCCCAUCCUCGCCAACAAAUCCAUCACCGUCUCGGCCUCGUCCUUGAAGCCCAAGACCAGCCAGAUCAUCCCUCCGCGCAUCGAGCUCGAGCCUGCCUACACAGCCCUCAAGGCCGCCGUUGGCUCGGACCACUGGAAGGCCUAUAAAGAUGCCACCACCCAGUUCCUCAUCGGCCGCCUCAACCAGGCUGAAUACGCCGCCAUCAUCGACCCCAUACUCAUGUCGCCCAAUGGAGACAAGGAGCAUCUUCAUAACCAGCUGGUCGCCGCUAUCUAUGGCAAUGUCACGCGCGAGAUGCCCGACAUGGGCCUGGCCCCGUGGGUCAGCGCCAACGAUAAGCCUUCGGGCGGGCUUGGCGGCAAGCCGGCCAGCGGCGAUGCCAAGGAGCGCCGCCUGAAGGGCGAGAUCAUGCUGCUGCCAAAUAAGGACCGGAGGCGCAUCAAGGAUCUAGUGCACAACGAUUUCGAUCCCUACGAUGCUCUAUCGAGCGUGUUCACAGACCAGCACCGGUCAAGACCGCUUCGCAUUGUUGCCGAUGUGCCAAAUAGUGCUGGUGGCGGCAUCAAUAGGAUGAACCUAGACCUCGAGAUCAAGAAACGAUACGCUCAACCGCUGGCCGUCGAGUCGGGCGAGUUUCCCGACACCAGCAACAUAGAAUCGCGCAUGUUGCCUUUUUGUUACGAGGCAGGCCUGGUGUCCGGCUAUGCCCCAGACGCGGCGCAGUUUAUGUGCAUCGCCACCGAGACAUUCAUCAAGGAGGCGCUUUCGGCCAUCUUCAGCCGCACGCGCAGCAACGGGCCCGGCGAGCUGGGCAGCGCUGGCUUUGGCGGCAACAACUGGGUGCAGACGCGCAAGUACCGGCGACAGCUGACCCGUGAAGAAGAGAGCGCCAUGCGCGGCGAGACCCAGCGAGACAAGAUGGGGCUGCUGCCAGUCGAGGCCAAGGCGGCUGGCGAACGCGGACCGCUGGGCCUGGCCGAGCUGCGCAUUGCCCUAGAGAUGGGCGACUGUGGUCUGACGCAGUUCCCCGUCAUCGGCCACUCGCUCAUGUACAACUACCACGAGGGCGAGCUGGAGAACUGGGACGACUAUACCUGGAUCGACGGCGGCCAGGACCACGAGCCGGCCUCAAUGGCCAACGGCACAGCAGGCGCACAGCAGGCCGGCAGCGCUGCCGGAAGCGACGUGCUGAUCAAGACUGGCGGCAGCCUGACUAACGGAGCCGAGUUCGCCGACUUCAUGGACGUCGACAGCACCGAGAUGUGGUGGGAAGGCGCCGACACGUUUGACGGCGACCUGCUUAACGGCGUGCUCGACUCCUGUCUCGCGGUGGGCUGA